AUGGCCAAGACAUGCUACUUCCCAUUUUUGUUCCUUACAUAUUUUUUUUUGAGCUCAGCUUUGUUAGCCCGUUCCGAUGAUGGGUACGUUUAUAGUGAAUCAGCAUCAAAGUAUGUAAGACCCAAUUCGAACUAUGAACAGCAGCAGGAGCAGCAGAAUCUGCAACCCGGAAAAGCGCAAGAUGGUGUCGUCGCCACCGUGAACAAUGGCCCCUUGUCGGGACCUCAGUCCUCCCCAAGUGUUGAGGAGAAGGAAGAAGGUGAAGGAGGAAGCCAGUCGAGAGUGAAAAGGGAAGCGUCCCCAGAAGAAAAAGUAGCACCAGCAGAAAAAGCAGCACCAGCAGAAAAAGCAGCACCAGCAGAAAAAGCAGCACCAGCAGAAAAUAAAACCAAGGAUAGCACAGCAGUCGUCGACCCCCCAGCCUCCAUGCUACAAAAGAGUGUGCCCUUGAAAAGUUUAAGGAGCCAAAUUGGUACAAUGAUCUCAAUAUUUGCCUUAAAUUCGUCUACCUAUAUCGACAGCAUGAAAAAGUUAUUUCAUUUGUACAACACCUACAUUGACAUCAAGGAAGAUGAUUUUAGUAACGGAUCAAUAUCACUACACAUGAAUUUUGAUAAGAAUACAAGUAAUGAAAACACAGCUAAGCUGAACGCCGUGUUCUAUGCAAGUUCAGCAAAGGAUGACUCAAAUAUUGUAAUGGCAAAUGGAGAACACCUUAUUGAUUUAAACGUGAAUGAACUGUUAAGAGAAAACACACUUGCAAAUGGCCCUCAUAUGGAAUCGUUUGGAAAAAAAGAGGGGAAUGUUAUUUCGGAUGCGUCUGUCAAGGUGUACGAAGCUAUUAAGGACAGUCAACUCGACGCCACGAAGCUUUUUAUCACGCUAGACAAGAAGAGUGAUGACACACUUUCCGUUUCAAAAUUGGACGAUUUUUUGGGCGAAUGUUUGAAGGCUGCGCAGGAUGCCUUGGCGCAGACAGGUGCUUCGAAUAAGAAGAAGAAGAAAGCUGGAAAUUUGCAAAGCGCCGAUGCGGUUAGCGGAAGUCAGGCUAAUGGAAGUCAGGCCAGUGGAAGUCAGGCCAGUGGAAGUCAGGCCAGUGGAAACCAGGCUAGUGGAAGCCAGGCUAGUGGAAGCCAGACCGGUGGAAACCAGACCGGUGGAAACCAGAAACCCAAAAAGACCAGAAAGGUUUUAAUGGAUGAAUUCAAACAGAGCUUGAUCUCGAAGGACAUGGCCGCGUGUAAAGAGUCGGCCAAGCUGCUAAUGGCGAAUUCGACGGUAUCCAGUUUGAUGUACCUGUUCGUACUAAUAGCACUAGGCGUCUUCUUGUUGCGUGCUGAAAUGGAAAGAUUCCCCAAUGGAGGAAUAAGUGAGCGACGGUGA